UUUUAGUUGUGCACAAUGAAGCGUUUAUUGGUGAUCUGCCUGCUCCUCCUGUCGCUGGCCCUAUUCCUCGCCCCUGGCCAGGCCAGCGUUUUCCGUGGGAUCCGCGAUGCCUCAGAGCCUGCCGCUGAUGCCGCAGAUCCUCCCGCUGAGGUUGCGGCUGGUGCCGGAUCCAACGAGAACGAUCUGAAUAUUGACUCGGGGGAAUCGGUGGAAGCGGUCACCGUUCCGCUGGGCAUCGUGUCAAUCAAGGCCCGCGUCAUAGCCAAGGAUCGGGCCCUCUGCCAGCAGCUUUCUCGAUACCAUCCGCACUAUCCCAAGUGCCACGAGUACUGCAAGCGGCAGGAGCACUGGAUAGGCCAGUGCUGGAGGGAGAGCUGUCACUGCAUAUCAUAGGAUAUACAU